UGGUGGAGUUUAGGGUCUCGGGGCGAUUCAUCGUGAGCGUGAUGAUGCCGUCGGACUUUUCGAUGAGCAGAUGCUGGUAUGAGGAGUAGUCGGUCAUUGGAGGAUUCUCGCAGGUCGGUAGUGAUGGGUGUUCGGGUUAUUCAACGGUGUCGCCGGGCGUCGGCUCGAAAUCGGGUGGAAGGUCGAACGUUGGUCGUCCGUCUGAACGGUGACUGUGGGAGAGUAUGGCCAUCAUCAGUUGGUAGUGGUUGCGCUGCAUCUGGAGUUGCAUAUCCGCAACGGUUUUGGAAAGUUCGUUCAAAGAGGUUUGCAGGGCAUCGGUUUUCUCGCUGAGGUUGGUCUGAAGGGCAUCGGUUUUCUCGUUGAGAGAGGUUCGCAGGGCAUCGGUUUUCUCGCUGAGAGAG